CAAUAUUAUCAACCCGGAGAGAUCAUCAUUGGAGGAAUUAUGUCUCAGAUCUUUAUAUUUUCAAAGAAAAUAACAUUUGAAAGACCUCCAUUUCAAGAAAUUUCUGAUGUUCCUCUGUAAGUAGCUCAGUGGACCUACCUUGCUGCAAUGGAACUUUUGUCUAGACGGCGCAGACUCGCUGUCAAUUACAAAUGUGAGACCGAGAAUCUUCCAGCAGCAGUGAUUUCAGGACCCAUCACUGACUAUUGUCUUCACUUGGCAACUAUCCUGUGUAUAUACAAGAUACCACAACUUAUCUUUGGAUCAUCUCCGAUGGUAAAUAAUGAAGUGCAAGGUCUUUUCUUCCACCAUAUGUUUCCCCAAAAUGGUUAUCAGUAUGGAGGGAUUUUGCGGUUACUCUUGCACUUCAACUGGAUUUGGAUUGGAGUAGUUUGUCGAGAUGAUGAUACUGGACAGCGAUUUGUACAAUAUGUUCUUCCCAUGUUUGCUCAGCAGGGCAUCUGCUUCCAGUUCAUUGUAAGAAUCCCCAAGCCCGACUUUACUAAUACUCUUGAUGCAAUCGUGGAAAAAUAUAAUGAAAUGAUUACAAAUGUUAUGGGAAGUACUGCCAAUGUGAUUCUUGUGUAUGGUGAAACUACUACUAUUAUGGUUAUAAGAAUGAUGAUAUAUGUUGCAGAAGUAAUGGAUACACCCCUGCGAAUUAGUACAAAAGUGUGGGUUAUGACAGCUCAGAUGGAGUUUGCAAUGCUUUCUUUUGUAAAAGACUGGGAUAUAGACUUCCUUCAUGGGGCUAUUUCCUUUGAAGUUCAUUCAAAGGCACUUUCAGGAUUCAAAAGCUUUCUUCAGACUAAAAACCCUCUCUCAGCAAAAAAAGACAAGUUUCUGUGGACGUUCUGGGAAGAGGUAUUUAACUGCGACUUGCCUAAUCCUUCAUUAGACAAGAAGGAUAAUAUGUUCUGCACUGGGAAGGAGGAGCUAGAGGCGCUUCCUGCUUCUGUUUUUGAAAUGAGCAUGACCAGCCACAGCUACAGCAUCUACAAUGCUGUCUAUGCCAUUGCACAUGCUUUGCAGGCCAUGUAUUCAACUAAAUUGAAAUGGAGAGCAGUGUCGAACGAUGCAAGAGAGGAACUUUGGAACAGAUACUCAUGGCAGCUCCACCAGUUUCUGAGAAGAGUUACAUUUAACAAUAGUGCUGGGGAAGAGGUUUCCUUUGAUCAAAAUGGGGAAUUAUUAGCAGGAUUUGAUAUUAUCAACUGGGUCACAUUUCCAAAUCAGUCUUUUGUGAAAAUAAAAGUUGGUACAAUGGAACCACAGGCUCCGGCAGACAAGAGUUUUAUUAUUCAAGACGAUGCCAUUGUGUGGCCCAGCAUCUUCAACCAGGAACUACCCCUCUCUAGAUGUAAUGAAAAAUGCCAGAUGGGCUCUAAUAAAAGAAAGAAGGAAGGGAAGCCAUUUUGCUGCUAUGAUUGCAUUCCAUGUCCAGAGGGCAAGAUUUCAAACUACAAAGACAUUGAUGAAUGCUUUGAAUGCUCUGAAUAUCAGUAUCCAAAUGAGGACAAAGAUGGAUGUUUUCCCAAAGAAAUUAUUUUCCUGUCUUUUGGAGAGCCCCUGGGGAUGAUUUUAGCUGUGUUUGCUCUCAAAUUUUCUCUCAUCACCGUCUUCAUUCUGGGCAUCUUCGUGAAGUACAAGGACACUCCUAUUGUCAGAGCAAACAAUAAGAACCUCACCUACAUUCUCCUGACUUCCCUCCUGCUUUCCUUCCUUUGUGCUUUCCUAUUCAUUGGUCAACCUGGGAAGGUGACAUGCCUCCUUCAACAAGCUGCUUUCGGUGUGAUUUUCUCAGUGGCGCUUUCUUCCAUUUUGGCCAAAACCAUCACGGUCAUUCUGGCUUUCAUAGCCACCAAGCCAGGGUCCAGGAUAAGGCAAUGGAUGGGGAGGAGAUUGGCAUAUUCCAUUAUUAUUUUUUGCUCCCUUACCCAAGCUGCUAUUAACAUGGCAUGGUUGGCAACCUCUCCUCCAUUCCCAGACCUUGACAUGUACUCAGUGAGUCAAAAAAUUGUACUCAAAUGUAAUGAAGGCUCAAGCAGUAUGCUUUACACUCUUUUGGGUUUUAUGGGUUUCCUCGCUCUUGUCAGCCUCACUUUGGCUUUCUUAGCCCGGAAGUUGCCUGACAGUUUUAAUGAGGCCAAGUUCAUCACCUUCAGCAUGUUGGUCUUUUGCAGUGUUUGGCUGUGCUUCAUUCCAACAUACCAGAGCACGAAGGGCAAAAACAUGGUGGUUGUGGAGAUUUUCUCAAUCUUGGCUUCCAGUUUUGGUUUACUGAGCUGUAUCUUUUCACCAAAAUGCUACAUUAUUUUGCUGAAACCUGAGCUGAACAGCAAGGAGCAACUAAUAAAAAGAAGGAAUUGA